AUGGCUGCCAACGAUCUUCGGGGCUGGGUAAUGAGCGCCGUCUCAGGCGUCGCUUGUGUCCUCGGUUCGACUGUCAUCUGCGUCGAUGUGGUGGUGCGGGUGCUUUCCCAUCGCAAGAGCUUCCAGAUCGCCAACAGUAGUAACUUUCUGUCGGCUUCGCUAUGUCUUAGUGCCGGGGUUAUGCUCUUCACCUCCCUCUAUAGCAUGCUCCCCACCUCGAAACAGUACCUAACGCGCGCCGGUUUCUCACCCGCUGUAUCUGCAUAUAUUUUGAUUGGACUUUUCAUUGCUGGAGUAGCAGGCAUUCAGAUUGUAUCUGCAUUUGCACACCGAUUCAUUCCAUCUCAUGUUGUUGAUUGUGCACAUACUCAUGACGAAUCGGAAAGUGAUCCCGAGCGCGCUGAGCCCCGACAUGAGGAUCAUCAUGCACACAGCCAUACGAAUGGACAUACCGAACAAACUCCGCUUUUACGCCCUAGCCAGAAUCUCUCCUUCAAAUCAAUGCCCGCGGUGGUCCAGCGCAGCCAACAUCCUGAACCAGCGCCCAGACGCCGCGAAACGAUGCAGGCCAUGCUAACGCGCCGCAUUACUUCUCUUAUGGGCGGCGUCAAGCCCACCUGUGACGAGAACGGCCCGUGCUUUGGAAUUUCUCAAACUUGUGGCCGCGAAUGCACCAAGGUGCUGCCACCAUCUACCGUUAAUGAACAUACACGACCAAGCCUAUUGCAUCGUGACAGCAUCUCAGUGCCACUAGAGUCGGAAAUCUCCCGCGCGGAAACUAACGUUGGCAAUGAACAAACGUCUGUCCCACCGGAUGGGGGAUAUUUUGAUAAUAUCUCGGCACAACAUCAUAUGCACCCAUGCGUCGCCUCAUCUGCUUCGUCUCAAGUUUUAGACACCCAUUCCGAGAAUCAUUAUCAUGGCGAACCCCACGAUCAUGGGGACGACAUCAGCUCCACACGCCCCAAAUCUGCCACUGGCAACCCCCACCAUCAUCAUGUCCCUCAAAACGCAUUCCUUUCCAUUGGUCUCCAGACCUCGCUUGCCAUUGCUCUGCACAAACUUCCCGAGGGUUUUAUUACAUAUGCGACCAACCAUGCCAGUCCAACUCUUGGACUGACAGUAUUCUUGGCAUUGUUCAUUCACAACAUUGUAGAAGGCUUCGCCAUGGCACUUCCUCUCUACCUCGCUCUCGGCUCGCGUUGGAAAGCCAUGUUCUGGUCCAGUCUUUUGGGAGGCAUCAGUCAACCCGCCGGUGCUGGUCUAGCUGCUCUUUGGAUCUGGAGCACUGGCCAACACGGCAGCGAUGAUGUCACUGGACCUUCGUGGGGUAUAUACGGGGGCAUGUUCGCCGCCACCGCCGGGGUCAUGACUUCAGUUGCAUUGCAACUGUUCAGUGAGGGACUCGGUCUCACUCAUCACCGCGGAAUGGGAAUUGGGUUCGCCGUUGCGGGCAUGGGGUUAAUGGGGCUCAGCUUUGCAUUGACUGCUUGA